CAAAAUAGAAAUGGAGAGGAACCACAGGUUAGGGUUAAAAACCCAAAAAGGAAAACCACAAAGCUACCAUUUUUUCUCUCUUUUUUUUUUCUUUUCUGGUGGUGGUGGUGGUGGUUCUUUCUUUAGGGCAAUUACGUGGCGGUGGCAUUGGCGGUGGUGGUGGUGGAGAUGACUCCGUCGUCAAUAUCAUCGUCUUCGUCGCGCAAUUCGAAAGAUGAAGAAAUUGCCACCACAGCCAUUGCGAUUGAUAAAGACAGGAACAGUGAAUUCGCCGUCAGAUGGGCUGUAGAUAAUCUAUUGAAGAAGAGCUCUAAUGUUAUUCUUGUCCAUGUCAAGACCCAAAGUGUGCAAUCCAAGGAGGAUGUUCCUAAGGGUGGUCAUGCGCCAUUGGAAAGCGAGAAGGAGUUCUUCCUUCCUUAUCGUGGAUUCUGUGCUCGCAAAGGGGUUCGAGCAAAGGAGGUGGUCCUCCACGAUAUUGAUGUUUCAAAUGCACUAGUUGAUUUUAUCAGUACCCACUCCAUCACCAAUUUGGUCCUUGGUGCCUCCAACCGCAGUGCGUUAACUAGGGCGUUUAGAAACGUAGAUGUGCCAACUACUGUGUCCAAAUCUGCACCAGACUUCUGCUCGGUGUAUGUUGCAUCGAAAGGGAAAGUUCAGAAUGCCAAGACAGCCAGCCAACCUUCUACACCUACUAGUGCAACUGGUUCCAAGCGAUCAUCUCAACCAAGGUUUUCAGUCGAGACUUCACGAUCGGAUGAUUUGUAUCGAAGUUCUAGCCAAAGCAGUUGGAGAAGUGGAGGGUCCGAGAGGAUAUCAUUGGAUAGGAGUAGUGAUUCCAUGCAGUUAACUCCACGUGACUUAACUCCACACGACUUAACUCCACGCGACAGGAUCCCCAGAAGUAUUAUGGCUUCACCCAGCAUUGUUGCUUCACCCAAACACCCAGCUAGCAAUCUGAAUCCUAGGGUUCGCAAUGAGGGGAUUUACUCUCACCUAGAUUCCACCAUGGAGAUAAGUGAUUUUUCAGGACCACCCAGUUUUCAGUCUAUUGAUCUGUCCAGUGAAAAUUUAGACCGGCCUCGCACAUCAGAUGUUUCCAGGAGCUCUGUCUCGUCCUCCCAAGCCUCAAGGGAAGUAGAAGCUGAAAUGAGGAGACUAAAGCUUGAGCUGAAGCAAACCAUGGACAUGUACAAUUCAGCUUGCAAAGAAGCAAUUGAUGCCAAAGAGAAGGGCAAAGAGAUCGACCAAUGGAAAACAGAGGAGACACGCAAGUUACAGGCUGCCACACAAGCCCAAGAUGCUGCAUUGGCUUUGGCUGAGAUGGAAAAGCAGAAAACCAGGGUUGCCCUUGAAGCGGCAAAGACGUCACGACGACUAGCAGAAUUGGAGGUUCAGAAGCGAAAAAAUGCAGAGACGAAGGCCAUGCAUGAGGCAGAAGAGAGGAAGAAAGCUAUGGAGGCAUUGGCACGCACUGAGAUUCGGUAUAGAAAGUACACGAUUGAAGAGAUUGAAAUUGCAACUGAGUACUUCUCCAGUUCAUUGAAGGUUGGUGAAGGAGGAUACGGUCCUGUUUAUAAAGCCUUUCUUGACCAUACAGCUGUUGCUAUAAAAGUUUUAAAGCCCGAGAUGUCUCAAGGGAAAAAGCAAUUUCAACGGGAGAUUGAGGUACUGAGCUACAUGAGACACCCACACAUGGUUCUUCUGUUGGGCGCCUGCCCUGAGUACGGAUGCAUUGUUUAUGAGUACAUGGAAAACGGCAGCUUGGAAGACAGGCUCUUCCGGAGAAACAACACUCCCCCACUUCCAUGGAGAACCCGUUUCAAAAUUGCCGCUGAAAUUGCCGCUGCUCUUCUUUUCCUUCACCAAACAAAGCCAGAGCCUUUGGUGCAUAGGGACCUCAAACCGGCGAACAUUCUCUUAGGCCGCCACUUUGUGAGCAAGAUCAGUGACGUUGGUUUAGCCCGGUUGGUGCCACCGAAUGUGGCUGAUAGCGUCACCCAAUAUCAAAUGACAGCAGCAGCUGGGACAUUUUGCUACAUUGACCCAGAGUAUCAACAAACAGGAAUGCUGGGUGUAAAAUCAGAUAUAUACUCUUUGGGAAUUAUGUUAUUGCAGAUUAUUACAGCAAAACCUCCUAUGGGUCUGACCCACCAUGUUGGGAGGGCAAUUGAGAAGGGAACUUUUUCAGAGAUGCUUGAUCCAACGGUGACGGAUUGGCCUUUUGAAGAGGCGAUGUCGUUUGCUAAACUGUCUAUACAGUGUUGUGAGCUGAGGAGGAAAGACAGGCCAGACCUUGCUUCGGUCAUAUUACCUGAGCUUCAGCGACUUAGCGACCUCGGUUCUGAUAAUGGAUCCAGUAAUAGAGGCGCUAUCACCUAUGGAUCGUCUUUUGUUAAUUCAAAUUUUCAAGUGAGAUCACCGUUCAGUCAGGAAAAAAGGAGAAGGAAUCCCGGCACACCAACAGAAACCCAGGGUAGAUCAGUGUUGAAAGAAAGCAGUAGCACAUACACUCCAGAACUGGAAAGUGAGGUUUCAAGACCAGUUUUGGACAAGGCCAGUUGAUCCCUCCAUACGAGUCUGAAAGCGAGCUUUUGGAAGGCUCUUCUUCUUUUUUCUUUUUUUUUUUUCUAGUGAUUUUUUACACUCGUCUUCGAAGUUGAUAGUUCAAAAUUCUUACAAGGGACGCUCCUGCAACUGACUAGAACAAAGUCGAAGUUCUUGGGAGUGUCUGAGUACUGGAACUAAUACCCCAAAGGUUGCAUGCAUGCCUUGGAAUUUAGAUUAGUGCAGAGAGUGAGAUUCAUGUAGACAUUAAAAACAUUACCGUCCUUUGUUGAAGUAUGAAUUCGAGUUCCUGCGUAGUUUUUUACUGCUUAA